AUGGACUUCACGUUGUUUACACAUCCAAAGAAAGUUAUACUUCUGGCCAUAGGAUCCUUCCUUGUUUUGUGUACACCUUUGUGGCACUUGCCUCUUCCUGGUUACCUCCCACAAGAAUAUGUGACGUCUCUGUUCAACUAUAGUGUUCCACUGCCAGCCCCAGAGGGAGGGAUAAGAUUGGAUCCAUCCCCAACACCUACACCACUGUGGUAUCAAGGACCACCACGAGCAUAUAUUCAACAGAUUGUAGUGAGGAGUGCUGUGGUUCCAUGGAAAGAUGAUUUGACGAUAAGUGAUGGUUACCGUGGCCCCCUCUCCUCUGUCUUCCAUCUUGCUCAGACUAUUAGCAACUACCAGCUUAACCAUAAUAAUAGUGUGACAUUGGGGACAGAAUGUCUUCUCAUCGAGGGUGUAGUGAAGAAGAUACAGUCUGCUGGCCAAGUGCUCCCUCACUACAAUUGUCUCAUGUUGUCUCCUGCUGACUUAUGGGCACGCAACCAGUACUCCUUCUUACAAGACCCUCAUGUACUCUUGACUGUCAACUCGCUCAUGGUUAGUACAUUCCCUUCUUUGGAUUACACCUUACUCCAGGGUUUGGUUGACCCCACUGGUUUAGUGCUUCAGCAUUAAUACAUUACAGUAAGU